UAUGACUACCAGGAUCUUCUCCAAACCAAUGAGAGCCCUUCACUUCUGUCGACCCAAAACAAGUGCAUUGAGAAGGGGGUCGGCAUGUCUCAUCAUUGAUCCGCGUUUUCAAUCUCCAGAGUCAAGAAAGCGCGUCUGAAAUCUGAAUAUUGUGUCCGGGCAGCCAUAGUGCUUGUUUAGAGGGACAAUAAUAAUCGACUGCCGCUUACGCUGUUGUCGCUGAGAAGCUGCGCGAGGGAACUGGCGCGAGAAUGGAUUCAUGUUUUUGAUGUGAACACACGUGUGAGCUUGCACUUAACGGGAUAAUAAUUUAUGAGGGAAUUUAAACCGCGUUUGUUCAGUCUGCUGGAUUGCACAACAUAUGGGAGAAACCAGCUGCAGUCUGGGACUUUAACCCUGAAACGCAGCGGAUCCUCUGGGCUAAAGUGAGAAGUGUGGACGUGGAGCCUGCUCAGAGUCAGCUCGGACCCGGUGCCUGCUUUCAGUCCUAAUGCCUGGACUGUGUGACAUCAAGACACCACAAGAAGGAGAGAUCUUCAAUAUGAACACAGACAGUGGAGGACAUGUCCGCAAAAGCGCCACGCUUUCACUCACUCUAACCCCCAUGAAGAGAAUCCAGAGCUCACCAAACCUAUACACGCUCACAGACUCUGAAUCACAAUCUAAAGAUUCAGAUUUUUGGAGGCCCGGCAGCAGUACCAGUGAUGGUCUGAGAAAUGGUGACGUGUGGUCUUCUUCUCUGGCAGCUAAAGGCUACAGAAGUGUCAGGCCCAUCUUUCAGGAUAAAAAGUCACCUACACCAGCAACCACGUCCACACCUUUUUAUACAAUGAGAGAACCACCACAGAACAACAGUAUCUCACAAGAGCAUAAUGUCCACUCCCAAAGACUGCUGUCCACAGAAGACCAAACCUCAUGCUCUUCACAAGCAAAGCAGCCCUACUUACACCUUCCAUCUAGGGAGCUGGAGAGACACGUAGCUUCCUUGUCCGUCCGCAUUAACCCUAGGCCUCAGAUAUCAGGACGGCGCACACAGACACUGUCUUUGAGACCCCCUACCCCUCCUAAAAGGAUGGACCUCCCGGAUAGCCGCUCACGCCCCUGUCCUCCACUGCCAUCUGCAGCCCCUCCAGUGCCUGAGGUGCCAGUCCUCCUCAAACAAACCUAUCCCGGAGCAGCACUGAGCUCACAGUCACCGUCUAACCGGCUCAGACUCUCCCUCGAUUUCAUCAGACCUGAGACUACUUCUCCAGGCCCUCCCUCUCCGGGCUCAGAGCCUCCCCUGGGGCAGAGCCGCUGCUCUUCCCGCACUCAGAGCGAAGCGUCCACAGCGGUGCUGGAGGAGUUGAGGGCGUGUGGACUAGGCCCAGAGGGUGGCACUCGUACCCCUUCUCCAACCCUCAGCCCGAUGAGUGCGGUCACAGUCAACAUGGGGUUACACUCCCCUCCAACUAGCACCGCUCAUGGCCAGAUGACUGUGAACGGGGGUCUGAGUGUGCCAGCAAGUCCUCGUAGUCACUUCCAAAGACCCUUCUCUCCCUCAACAUACCCACCUCCUCCUUCACUGAGCCCUAGUAUUACAGCCAUGCAGCAGGCUAGAAGCACUGCCUCUGAGUCUAGCACUCCCAUCUACGCCAACGUGGAUCCUCCUGCACGAGCGCCGCAGACUGACAGGAAGGAAACAACAGGGAAAGCUCCGCUCUAUACUGGCAUCGGUCCUGUGGAUGAGUCCGGGAUUCCCGUUGCCAUACGGACAACCGUUGACAGGCCAAAAGACUGGUACAAGACCAUGUUCAAACAGAUUCAUGUGGUGCCUAAACCAGAGAACGAGUGGUCUGGGUCCCGUACUGCCACAGAUCCGGUUACAAGAACUGGUACAACUAUUUCCAAACAAGAUAAGCAUGCUGCACCUAAUGCUGUUCAGGCCCAUCCUGCACCUAAAACCAGCACUUACCGGCCCAUCACCAAGAGUGUUUCUGAUAACGGCAUAUAUGGUUUCAGAGUGCCUGCCUCAUCUUCUCUCCCUUCUCCUCUGCCAACAUCAGCAUCCACACAGCAGAGAUCCAAUGAAAGGGAGGCACCACAAAGAGGCAGGAGCACACCUGACAUGAACGAGUGGGGGCCUCCUGACAGAAAGGUGGACACGCGAAAAUACAGAGCAGAGCCGAGGAGUAUCUUUGACUAUGAGCCGGGGAAGUCAUCUAUUUUAGAGCAAGAGAGAGCGACCUCCCUGUAUCAGCCAUCCACAGACAGGAGCCUUGAAAGGCCAUCAAGCUCUGCCAGUGAUAACAAGAGGCGACGGAAAUCUGAACCUGCAGCCGCCCAACCCAGGGCUCAGAGCAGUGUGGGCACAACACAAACGGCUGUCAAGCCACUAGAGCUACCCAGGAGCAGCAGUACCCAGAGGACUCCUCUCACCAGCCCCAGCUCACCUGCCACCACCAGGACUAAAGGUGGGGAUGUGAGCAAUAUGCACACAGCACAUUUAAAUUGUCAAAAUCCGAACCAUGCUACCUCAGAAUUCACAUAUCAAAAGAAAGUGCAAAAUGAGGACAGUUUCAUGCCUGUCUCAGAAGGCUUCUCCAGCCUCCCCGAAGACUGGAAAACACCCCAGGAGAACCCAGAAGACUGGAUGAUCUCUGAAGAGACCUCGUCUAAGCUCAAAUCCUGGAGUUGUGAUGACCUUUUAUCUGAGGGGAGGGAAAAAAAAGUGCAAACCCGUUCAGAAAGCACUGGAUCCUUGUUGCACAACGGGAAACUAGAGGCAUCACAAUGCGGUGACGCCCAAGAGUCUGAGGAUCUUAGGGAGCGGACAAGGCACCGCUCAGCCCAUGAUGCACCGGGCUUCCUCAAACUCUACAAAAAGAUGCAUCACAUCAACCGACAAGAGCUGAUUAACUCUACAGUGAUAUGCUCCGUCAAAGCCAGGAUCCAUAAGUAUGAGAGUGAACAGCGGAAGGAUAGACGCACCGGAAACAAGGGCUGUAACGAAGAGGUGCCUCGGGACAUGGUGCACAACAGGAUUUCUGAAUUCGAGAGUCUGAUCCAGAAGUCCAAAUCCAUGCCAAAUCUUGGGGACGAGUGCCUAAUCAGGACUUCUUGCAGGAGGGCAAGCAGCCCCAAGCGUAGCCUCUCUAUUGAGUCAUUACUGGAUGAAGAACCACCAGCCAGAAAUCCUCCUGAAGGACGGCCUCAAUACCCCAAGAUAAACACCCAUGUGCCAAUCCACAUUCAAGUCACCAGUGACCAAUUACAAAACUCUACCAUGCAACACGACUACUCAGACAGCGAGCAUGAUGCUGUAGUGUCCGAUCUUAGCGACUUCAUCCAGAUCGAGGGAUCAUCCUUCUGUAGCGAGAGAGAGUUCGACGUGUGUUCGUUCGCCUCCUCCGAGAGCUUCUGUGGAUCCGGGCACCACCAUCAUUAUCACAGGCAGCUCGUUAGCUCUUGCAAGGGCCGCUGCCCGGCUUCCUACACGCGCUUCACCACUAUGAUCAAGCACGAAAGGGCCAAGCAGGACCGGAGGCAACAUUUGCGGGUAGAAGAGUCUGAGUUCGGCCUAAGCAAGCUCGCCUUCCUGGUCAGCCCAGUGCCUUUCCGCCGGAAGAACCUGUCUCCUUUGAGUUGCUCCCGAGUGCCAAACUCCAAGAGCUGUAUGUAUGAGGCUCUAGAUUCAGCCCUGAAAGAUAUUUACGACCACAUCCGUGCUGAGAAGCACAGUGGUAACCUGCCUGACAACAGCAUCCUUCAUCGGUUGCUGGUGGAGUUGCUUCCAGACAUUCCUGAGAGGAAUUCAUCCUUGCAUGUGCUGGGGAGAAACAGCCCAACAAUUCAGCCUCGCUCUUACCACUCGCAGCCUGACGGCAUGCCCAGCCAGGACACUCAACAACCCGAGUACUCGCACCUGUCCCAUAGUGCCUCUCACAACCAUAUAGACAGCAACAACAACCAGAGGAAACACAACUUUGAAUACUGCAAUCAAGGUGGACUCUAUUCAUCCAUCUCUGAUCAGGACACAUCCAGAGAUUACUCUUACCCUGAUGUGGGCCGCCGCACACCACAGAGCAGGAGACAAACCCCUGAUGUCAGAGAGAAACUGCCAGCCAGAGCAAUAUAUGACUUCAAAGCACAGACAGCAAAGGAGCUGACGUUUAAGAAAGGAGAGACGGUAUACAUCACUCGGCAGAUAGAUAAUAACUGGUAUGAAGGAGAACACCAUGGACAUGUGGGCAUCUUCCCCAUCUCAUAUGUGGAGAAAAUCCCUCCUUCAGAGAGACAUCAGCCAGCGAGACCUCCUCCACCAGCCCAAAGCAAAGAGAUUGGGGAAGCAAUUGCCCGCUACAACUUCAAUGCUGAUACUAAUGUGGAACUUUCAUUACGAAAAGGCGAGCGUGUUGUUCUGUUGCGGCAGGUGGAUAAGAACUGGUUUGAGGGCAAAAUCCCAGGUACAAACAAACAAGGAAUUUUUCCUGUGUCGUAUGUGGAUGUCGUUAAGAAGGCUUCAGUACAAAGUACCGGUCAACCUCCUGGGCCCAGUAUACCAACCAGCUACUCCAGUGACAGACUGAAUAGCAGGCCAUCAUCUGUACGUCCCCUCUACAACUCUCCAUCCCCAUCUGUCCGUCCACUCUCCUCAUCCUCUCCCAGUCCGCAGAAAGCCGCACACCUUCAGGCCAUCACCAGCGAGUGGCUGGCCCUCACUCUGGGUCUGUCUUCUUCAGGAACCCCUGCCCCUACACCUCCUCCCUUCCCUUCCAAUUUCCAGCCAUACUAUGAAGUGUUGGAUUCUGCCGUCUCCCCUUCUCCCGCCUCCUCCAUGCUGGGCCGCUCUCCAGCCCUCACUCCCCGCAUCUCCACUCCUGCUCUCAAAGAGGGUCACUUCAUUCCCAUCACCUCCCCAAAGGCCUACAUGUCUCCCGAUCCCAGCCCGUCACCUCAACCCUACCUCACCUCCGCCUCCUUCACUCCUUCACCCACCUCACCCAUAUUUGACUCCAGCCCCAGGUCUAGCAGUGUUAUAGAGAUCCUCUCCAGCCAAAAAGCAGAUUUAGCCGAGAAAGAACUGCAGAAAGAACUCCGCAAACCAGACGAGGCAGACCCCCCUAAAUUACUCAGCCCUAUUGACUUGGUUUUAGAGGCACUCGAAUCCCCGUUGGACAUUCUUCCACCUAAAGACCCUGAGGACGAUCUGUGUGAGGAGUUAGUGUCGAUCAUUAAGGCCAGCCAAUCAAAGGGCACGUUCAAAGAAGAGGAGGGAUUUUAUCACCUAGAACCAGAUGUAACAGAAACGCUUCCCAGGCUGUUUAUAGAAGAGGAGCUGAAUGAAGGCAACAGCUUCUUAAAUGAACCCCUGAUGUCAAAUACAUUUACUCCAGUCCAACCUGCCCAUAGUGAGGGGUCAGAUAUUGAGCAGGGUGAAGUUUCCCAGAAUGCCUCUCCACGUCUCUCUCCCCUGUCCUCACAGAUGUCAUUGCCUUUCACACUUCCCUCAUCGGCUAAAUACUCUCCCCCUUCCCCGCGCUCCACCCCCCCACUGCCUGGGGUUUCACAGUCGCCCCCUCCCUCUGCAAAACUGUUCUCUCGACAGGACCUCCGCUCCCCAAAGGUCAAGCCUGUGUUAAGGCGUGAUGUUGUGGUUGUUGGUAAGCCCCCUCGUAGCCCCGUGAUGUCUAGGAGGUCCUGCGGAUCGCCUGUUAGAGGUCAAAACUUUUCGCCAUCUCAUAGGUCCCAAAGACAAGCAUAUGUUCAUGAUCCGCUUCAAGGUACAGGGGAACCAUUUCAAGCCCUGUAUAACUACAUGCCACGAAAUGAAGAUGAGCUAGAACUGAAGGAAGGAGAUGUUGUUGACGUCAUGGAGAAGUGUGAUGAUGGAUGGUUUGUGGGCACGUCCAGGAGAACCAAGUUUUUUGGAACCUUUCCCGGGAACUAUGUGAAGCGGCUAUAAAUGGACUUUUCCAAUACAUUGAUGGUCCUUCAUCUACUGAGGAGAGAUGGACUACUGUAUGUCACCUACAGCUACCUGCUGGAAUUAGCAUGACAUGUUCCAGUGCUGGGCUGAUGGAAAGUGAUGAAACUGAUGAAAAGUCAAUGGCCUUUGAGGGGUUAUUGCACCAUUUACGUAAUUUGGUUCAAAUAUGUUGAUGCUUAAAUUCUGCAACAUUACAUGAAUUAGGAAUUUCAGUACAUGCUUUAAAACAUUUGGUUGCCUACAUAUUUGCUCAUAGUUGAAAAAUCAGUACGCUUGCCUUCUAGUUAAGCUGAUGGAUUUCAACAUUAUGAGUAAUCAAGUGCCCUAUUUAUUUGUAAUUUAUUAAGCGGCACAUGUUCUUUCAUUGGAAGGAUGAAAUACAGUAGGUGAGGAAUGAUCUACUGGUGCCCCUUGUACACUGGACCUGAUGUCUGAUCUGAUCUAGACUGUAUAGACUGAACAGUAUUGCAGUGUCAUGUUUGUGUCAGGCAGUGGAUAUUACAGAUGACCAGUCCUGCCAACAUGUAUCUUUUCAGUAUGUUAUUAACUUUCUGGUUCAGAAGAAUGACCUCCGGUUUUCUAGGGCUCUACGUUCUUCCUCCAGACAUUCCUUUGAGCAUUUGAAGGAUUUUACAGAUAAGAGAAAAAUAUUUUUGAUAUUUUUCAAUCUAAAGAGAUAACGUUUUUGAGAAUGCAAUAUCCCUAACGAAAAGCAUUUUGGCAAAUGGGCAUGUUAACUGAUAACGUUAAACUGACUGUCUCUACUGCCUAUAAUUACUGUUUCUGUGUUGGGUGACCUUGCACAUCACUUUUGGUUUACACACUGUAUUCUAUUUAUGGCCAAUUAGAGGAGCACAUGAUGUCAUAAUUACUAAACUGCAAUUGGCAGCCAUGUAUUUUGUAUAUGUCGCCUUCCGAUUGGUUCAAUUUGAGUGAGGAAAUGUACGUAAAAAUCUAUUUUUGUUUAUUUGAUCAUUCAGCAAACGUUUUUCAUUAUGAUAUACUUAAUAUAUUGUUAAUUGUUCACUUUCUAUGUCUUUGAUCUGUUCAGCACAGUGAUUAUUCUCUCAUAUUCAAAUGUUCGAUUCAAAAUAUGCAGUGUUUCAAUCUUCCUGUGAGACUGUAUGACUAACCGUUUUAUUCCAGUCAGUAAAGCAAGAAAUGUAAAUGUGUCAGUCAAUAGAAACAUGAACCAAUAAUAUAUGUAAUUUAGGCAAUAUUAUACCUCAUGGAAUUAUGCAGUCUCUGUGUCUGUCAAUGUGCUUAAUGUACCAGUAACAACCUGCGCAUGUUGUUUCAUAAAGAAAUGCUCAUCGGUGCAAAUGUACUAUUGUACCUGAAUGAGAAUUUAUUAAUGCCAUGCUGCUCCGGUUUGGUCAAGACUACCAGAGAUUCAUUGUGGUUUAGUUAAGAGUUGGCAGACAGUCUUCCAUCCUUACGCACUAGCUGAUCUGAAGUGAACUGUGCUGUUCCUGGUGCAUAACUUUACCACAUGCAAUUUAUGUAAUGACAUGGAUAUUUGUUAUAUUUAACAAUGCACGAUUCAGGAACAAAUGUUUGUAGAGAACACUGUGAUAUGUUCAGUAAAUUAAACCUAUCUGCCACUGACUGAACAUUAUGUUUGGUGCUAGACUGUAUGAUGGAUUCUGAUUGGAAAAAAUUAAAAAAAACUCGAAAAGAAAGAACAUAACAUCACUGAUAUGUAGAGUCCUAAACCAUUGCUGCUGGUUAUAUCAACAUGUCCAACCAUUGAGUAAUAAACAAAAAGUGUCCGAUUAGACUUUCCAAAAAGUAAAAGCAAUCAUUGAUUUUA